CGAAUUUGUUUUAUUGGUCUCAUUUUCAUAGCAUGGCCGAAAUGUCUGCUCGUCGAUGUUUCUUGCUGAGCUUCCAGCGAUACAGUACACGCUCGGCCGGGCACCAGCAGCGUCAGUUCGAGAUGCUGGUGCCUGCACUGCAGACUUUCCAGCGUCUGCAUGGUCACUGCGCCGUCCCGUUACGUUUUACAGUGCCGAGCACUCGAAAUGCUGGCGCUGAACAAUGGCCAGAAGAAUUGCAGGGAAUGAAACUGGGCACGACCAUCUCGAGAUUCCUUAAGGCCUGCGCAUCCGCGAAAAAACCUUCGAGACGACAUAGUUUGGAUCAAGUUCGGGCGCAGCUGCGGGAGAUUGGAGUGCCAGAAGUUGAGGACUGGAGGCGUUUCUUGUGGGGCGAAGUGACGGUGCCAGCAAUGCAGACGUACAGGUCGAUGCACGGGGAUCUCCUCGUGCCAGUGUCCUUCACUGUGCCUCAACGAGACGACGCAUGGCCACGCUCGACAUGGGGGUACAAAUUGGGCUAUUGGACGAGUGAACUACGACGAAAGAAGAAAACGUUGGAAGAGUACCAACUAGAGGACCUGGAAGCGCUGGACUUCAGCUGGAAUGCUCGCGAAGCUCGUUGGAAUCAGUACUUUGUUCCAGCAAGACAGCGGUAUCAGGAACUGUACGGCACUUCACAAGUACCGCAGGGCUUCGUGGUACCCCAUAACAACCCACACUGGCCGGCGGAACUGGGAGGAUAUCGACUUGGGCAGAAGGUAAAUAACUUGCGUUGUGGGAACGCCGAGGAGUUGCAAGAUAUAGAGCUGAUCUACAAGAACUGGAUGCUGCUAGAAACACUUCACGUUGUGGGGGAAAGCAAUGAUCUGGAUGUAGAGAUCGACGGAACGUUGGGUUUAAGCCAUGAGGAAUUUGAGGAAUAAAUUGGUUGUGCCAUCAAACAAACAAAAAGCACAAAAAGCACAAAGAGGUGCUGGCUUUUGAAAUGGUGGUGCAUUCAUUCAUAAAAUAUCAUAACAACACGUCAC